UGUGUUAAAAGCCGUGUAAGUUGUUGAAAUCAAUUUUGAUAUUUACAUACAUUCCACCCCCUCAAGCCUUUUUGAUUGAAGAAAAUUGCAGUGACAGUAUUUAAAUUAAUCCAACGGCUGGGAAUAGUUGAGGAUAGUCAACUGUAGACGAUCCAUCCUGACAGAUCCAUUGUUGGAGAGUUGGAAAUCAAAUGGCGAAAUUUUGGUGUGAUUUUCGGUUACUUCUCUUAGUUGCUGCGGUCAUCUUCAUCUACAUCCAGAUGAGACUUUUCACAACACAAUCACAAUAUGCUGAUCGCCUUGCUGCUUCUAUUGAAGCUGAAAAUCACUGUACAACUCAAAUGCAAUCGCUCAUCGAUCAGGUUAGCUCGCAGCAAGGACGCAUUGUCGCCCUACAAGAAGAAAGGAAGCGUCGAGACCAAGAAUGUGGGCAAAUGAAGUCUCUUGUUCAAGAUCUUGAAAGAAAAGAAGUAAGAAGACUGAUCGAUAAAGUGCAGGUUCCAGUGGCAGCUGUUGUAAUCAUGGCAUGUAAUCGUGCUGAUUACCUGGAGAGGACUAUCAAUUCUGUGUUGAAAUACCAAAGGGGCAUUUCGUCAAGAUUUCCUUUAUUUGUAUCUCAGGAUGGAUCAAAUUCAGACGUCAAAAGUAAGGCUUUGAGCUAUGAUGAGCUAUCUUAUAUGCAGCACUUAGAUUUUGAAUCGGUUCAAACUGAAAGGCCAGGAGAGUUAAUUGCGUACUACAAGAUUGCACGUCAUUACAAGUGGGCUCUAGGUCAACUGUUCUACAAGCAUAACUUCAGCCGAGUUAUCAUUCUUGAAGAUGACAUGGAAAUAGCGCCUGAUUUCUUUGAUUACUUUGAAGCUAUGGCAACUCUCCUUGACAAGGAUAAGUCCAUUAUGGCUGUUUCAUCAUGGAAUGACAAUGGACAGAAGCAGUUUGUACAUGAUCCAUAUGAACUUUAUCGCUCGGACUUCUUUCCUGGACUAGGAUGGAUGCUGGCUAGAUCUACAUGGGAUGAACUGUCACCAAAAUGGCCAAAGGCCUACUGGGAUGAUUGGUUGAGAUUAAAAGAGAAUCACAAAGGACGACAAUUUAUCAGACCUGAAGUAUGCAGAACAUAUAAUUUUGGAGAACAUGGUUCUAGUCUGGGACAGUUUUUUAAGCAAUAUCUUGAGCCAAUCAGGCUGAAUGAGGUCCAGGUCAACUGGAAAUCAAUGGACUUGAGCUAUUUGUUAGAGGACAAAUAUAAUAUACACUUCGCCAACUACAUUAAAAAAGCUAAACCUGUCUCUGGAGCAGACAUUGUUCAAAAGGCACACAACAUAGCAGGUGAUGUGCGUAUUAAGUAUAAUGAUCAGUGGGACUUUGAAAACAUUGCUCAGCAAUUCGGUGUAUUUCAAGAGUGGAAGGAUGGUGUGCCUAGGACAGCUUAUAAAGGAGUGGUUGUUUUCAGAUAUCAAACCACUAGGCGUGUGUUUCUUAUUGGUCCAGAAUCCUUGAAGCUACUUGAGAUUGAAUAUUUAGAUUCUUAACGAUGGGUGACAAAUAUACUUACAGCGCAAGGGAGGUGUCGUUUUCAGAUGUCAAUGGAAGUGUUGCUGAGUAAGCUUAAAAUGACAUUCAGUAGGUAUAUUUCUCGUUGAUGAAUCCAAUGCUUAAAAGGUACGGGCGAGAAUGUGGUGGAAUACAAUUACGUGCACCAUAAAUUUUGAUUGUGUGAGAUCAUAGAGUAGCAUUGGAUUUGAAGAGCAUAUCGAUGGAUCAAACAAAUGUAUUAUAUAUAGAUUCCAUAUUUAUUGUUACAGAAAAGAUUUUUAUUCAAUGUUGUUUAAUUAUGAAAGAAUGAGAAAGUGACCAUGAUGGAUGGUAUGGUUCACUUGCAUCCCAAAGCUGGAUAAUGUGUUAAGCAAA